AUGGGGUUGGGGGGUGUGGGGGGGGGGGGGGGGGGGGGUUUUGGGGGUGGGGGGUUGGGGGGUGGGGGGGGGGUGGGUAUGUGGGGGUUGGGGGGGGGGGGUGGGUGGGGGGGGUUGUUGUGGGGGUUUGGGGGGUGGGGGGGUAGGGGUGGGGGGGUUUUGGUGGGGUUGAGUGGUGGUUUUGGGUUUGAGUGUGGUGUGGUUAAGUGGGGUGGGGGGGAGGGGUUGGGGGGGUUUUGGUGGGUUGGGGGUGGGGGGGUGUGGGGGGGGGGUAGUUGGUGGGUUUUGGGGGGGGUGGGUGGGUGGGGGGGGUGGUUGUUUUGGUGGUGUUGUGUUGGGGGGGGGUGUGGUGGGGUAUGGGGGUGUUGGGUGGGGGGGGGUGGGUUUGGGUUGUGUUUGGGGGGGGGGGGGGGGGUGGGUGUUGGGGUUGGGGUUGGGGGGAGGGGGGUUGGGGGGGGGUGGGUGUGGGUAUGGGGUGGUGGGUGGGGGUUGGUUGGGGGUGGGUGGUGGGGGGGUGGUUGGGGAGGGGGGGGGGGGUUGGGUUUUGGGUGUGGUUGGGGUGGGUUGGGGGGGGGUGGUUGGUUGGUUGGGGGGUGGGGGUGUGGGGGUUGGGGUUGGAUUGGGGGUGUGUGGUGGUUGGUUUUGUGGGUUGGGUGGUGGGGUGUUUGGGGUGGGGUUGGGGGGGUUGUUGGGGUGGGGGGUGUUUGUUGUGUGGUGGUGUGGUGGUGGGGUUGGGUGGUGUGGGGGGUUUUGUGGUUGGGGGUGGGUGGUGUGGGGGGGUGUGUGGGUGGGGGUUGGGGGGGGGUGUUUUGUUGUGGGGGGUGGUUGGGGUUUGUGGUGUGUUGGAUGAUUGGGUGGUUGUAUUUGUGUGGGUUGGGGGAGGGUUUGGGUGGUUUGGUGUGUUUGGGGGGGGGGGGGGGUGAGGUGGUUGGUGUGGUGGGGUGGGUUGGUGGGGGGGGGGAUGGGUGGGGGGUUGGGGGGUUUUGGUGUGUGUGUUGGGUGGUGUGUGGUGGGGUGGUUGGGGGUUGGGGGGUGGUGGUGUGGUGUUGGGGGUGUGGUUGGGGGGGUUUGGUGGGGGGGGGGUGGGUUGGUGUGGUGGUUGGUGUGGGGUGGGUGGGUGGGUGGGGUGGGGUGUGUGGUGUGUGGGUGUGUGGGGGGGGGUGUGGGGGGGGGGGGGUUGGGGUGGGGGGGGGGGUGGGUGUGUUGUGUGGGGGUUGUGUGUGGGGGGUUGGGGGGGGUGGUGUGGGGGUGGUGGGGGUGGGGGUGGGGGGGGGGGGGGUGGUGGGGGGGGGGGGGGGGGGGUUUGGGGUGUGGGGGGGUGUGGGGUGGGGGGGUGGGGUGGGGGGGGGGGGGUUGUGGGGGUGGGGUGGGUGUGGGGGGGGUGGGUGUUGUUGUGGUGGGGGGGGGGUGUGGUGGGGGGGGGUGGGGGGGUUGGGUGUUUUGGGGUGUGUGUGGUGGUGUUGUGGGGGGGGGGGGGGGGGUGGGUGGGUGGGGUGGUGGGUUUGGUUGGGGUGGUUGUGGGGGUGUGGGGGGGGUUGGGGGGGGGGGUGGGGGUUGUUGGUGGGGGGGUGGGUGUUGGGGGUUGGUGUGGUUGUUUGUGGGGGGUGGGUGUUAGUUGGUUGUGUGGGGUGGGGGGGGGGUGGGUGGGUGGGGGGUUGGUGGGGGUUUGUGUGGUGGGGGGGUGGGUGGUGUUGGGGGGUGUGGGGGGGGGGUUUGGGGGGGUGGGGUGUGGGGGGUGGGGGGGUUGGGGGGGGGGGGUUGGGUUGGGGGGUGGGGUGGUUGGGGGUUGGGGGGGGGUGGUGUUGGGUGGUGGGGGUGGUGUGGGGGGGGGGGUGUUUGGUGGGGUGUUGUGGGGGUGUUGGGUGGGUGGUUAGUUGUGGUGUGGGGGGGGGGGUUGGUUGGGGGGGGGGUGGGUGGGGGGGGGGUGGGGUGGAGUUGAUGUGGGUGGGGGUGUUGGUGUGUGUUUUGGUGGGGGGGGUUGUGGGGGGGGUGUGUGGGGGUUGGGGGUUGUGGUGGUGGGGUUGGGGGGGGGGGGGGUUGGUGGGUGGUGUUUGGGUGUUGGGUGGGGGGUGUGGGGGGGUGUUUUGGUGUGGGGUUGGGGGGGGUUGUGGGGUUGUGUGGGGGGGUUUGUGGGUUGUGUUGGGGGUUGUGUGUGUGGUGUUUGGUUUGUUUGGUUGGGGGUGGUGUGUGUUGUGGAGGGUUGGGGUUGGGUUGGGUGGUUUUUGGGGGUGUGGGGGGGGUGUUGGGGGGGUGGGUGUGGUGGUGUGUGUUGGUUUGGUGGGGGUGUUGGGGGGGGGUUUGGUGUUGUUUGUGGUGGUGGGGGGUGGGUGUUUGUUGGUGGGUUUGGGGUGGGGGGGGGGGGGUUGUGGGGUGGGGGGGGGGGAUGGUGGGUUGGGGGUGGGGUUGGGGGUGGUUUGGGUGUGGGGGGGGGGGGUGUUUGGUGGGGUGUUGGGGUUGGUGGUUGUGGUUUUGGGGGUGUGUGUUGGGGGGGGGUGGUGUGUGAUGGGGUGUGUGUUGGUGGGGGUGUGGGGGUUGGUUGGGGGGGGGGUGGGGGGGGGGGGUGGUUGGGUGUUGUGGGGGGGUUGUUGGUUGUGUGUGGGGGGGUGGGUGUGGGGGGGUGAGAGGUGGGUGUUUGUUUUGGGGUUUGAUUUGUGGGUGGUGGGUGGUUUUUGUGGGUUGUGGAGGGGGGGGUGGGGGGGGUGUGGGGGUGGGGGGGGGUGGUGGUGGGGGGGUUGUGGUUGGAUUAUGUUUUGGGGUUGUUGGUUGUAG